AUGUCUUCCUACCAACUCACCCCCCACGACCUCGACACCUACAACGACGACCCCCCGGCCAUUCGGGCCGCUCGAAAUCCCAACCCAGCGGUUCUACAGGCGUUGCUAGACUAUUACCUGUCUGAGCUACCGCACGUCGCCCAUCUCGCCCGCCGAGACCGCGGCGGAUUCGAGCAAUGCUCGCCCAACGCCGACAUCAGCGGCGCUAUUGAUUGCGUCUACGAGUCCCCAUUAACCGCAGCCAUUCGCGCUGGCCUUCCCGACAAUGUGCGUGCGCUUCUGGCAGCCGGCGCAGACCCCGCGGGCAUCAGCCUCCACUAUCUGUCCGACUACUCCGUCCGCUUCAUCCGCGGCCGCGAUGCAAAGACCGACAUGUCCAGCUUUGCCUUGUGUCCGCCGCGACACGCCAUCCUCGCCGUGGCCGCCGCGAAAGGCAUCCAGCAUCAGACACAGCCCUUGACCACCGCCGAGCUGGACGAGCGCCGCUCCGGCUUUCCUCGCUUCUGGACCGAGCCCAACCUGCCGGGCCAGCGCUUCCGCUCCACCAAGGCCUUGACGGCUCUAGAAGUCGCCGCAGCCUGCGGCCAAGAGCAGAUCUUCGACCUGCUUCGCGACGCCGGGGCGGAUGAAACCGCCUGGACGCAGCCUCCGCCCUCUGACAUCGUCGACGACGGACCGUCUCCCCAGGAGACACCCUCGGCGCUAUCGACCUCGUCGCCCGUCCACGAGGCCCUCGCCGCCGGCCACCGCGCCAUGCUGCACAAACUGCUCCAUCAACACCACUACUCCCCCAACUACCGCCCUCUGACCGCGGCGCCGACGCUGGCCCUCCCGCCGCUCUCCUACGCCCUGGCCUGCUGCGAUCCCGACGACCCCACGAUCCGCGCGUGCAUCACCGAACUACGCAACCACCCCGAUCUCGACCCGCACCUGCGCACCCCCAUCUUCGACGUCCACCCGCUCCAUUUCGCCGUCGCGCGUCACAGCCCCGCGCUGCUGUCCUGGCUCGCCCUGCCCCUCUCGUCGGCCGGCUCCACCGCCCUCGGUCACACGCUGCUGCACAUCGCCUCGCUGCCCUGGACUUCCGAAUCCACCGACGACACUAACCCCGACGUCGUCCGCAGCAUCCACUGCGCCAGAACGCUAGACUCCGCCUGGCUGCCGCAUUCCUUUCCCAGUCCGCUGCAUCUGCAGCCUCAGCUGCAGUCCCGGCUUAACCCGCCCCGUCGCCCCGCGAGAACCCCGCUGACGCCCGCUGAGCAGCACGCCCAGCUGCAGACCCUGCGCGUUCUGCUCGAUGCCGGCAUUGAGGUCGCCGCGCAGGAUGUCGAUGGGAACACCGCCCUGCACUAUCUGGCGGCGACUUUGAAUGUCGACCCCCGCGCAAUGCAGUUGUUACGGGAUGUGGGCGCUGGUGAGGAGGUCUACCAGCAUGCUUUGAAUCGGGAGGGCUUGUCGCCGCGGGCUUUGUGGGAGAGUAGAUCCCUCCAGUGA